GCUCGAGCCGCCCGUGAGCCCGCCGCCACGAUGGCGCCAGGAAGGGCUUCCAGGGGCUCCAGCGGCGGCGGUGGGAGCUGCCUGAGGCCCGCGCUCUUCGCGUGGUUUUUGGCCUUGGCGGCCCUGGUGGUCUACGCGAACUUCUCGUACACGCCGCAGUCUUCGUUGAGGCUGUUGGCCUGCAGCCGUCGCCCGAGAACAAAGCCGACGGGCGGCGCAAGGUGCUCGCAGACGGCGAGAACAAGAGGCGGCGGCAGCAACGGCAGCAGCAGGCGCACGAGGAGGAGACGCUGGAGGACAGCCAUCAGGCCUGCCGAGUCCUCGUCCGAGGAGGACGCGGCGCCCAGGCCGCAGGAGGCCGCGGCGGGCCCAGUCCUCGCAGCGGCGGCGGGCCCCACCGAAGUGCUGGCGAAGGCCGCGCCAGCGGAGGCCGCGCCGGGCCGCGCCUUCCGGGGCCAGCCGCUCCCAGCUGCUUCGCCCGGCCCGCCUCCCCCAGCGGUGGCCCCCAGCGGCGCGGCGCAGGGCGCAGCCCCCGGCGAGGAGCAGCGGCAGCGGCGGGGCCCGCGCCCCACGGUCAUUCCCGACGCCGACUACGAGGACAACGCUCCGUGGCCGGGCCCGAGGCCGGGAGACCGCGAGCUGCCGCCGCGCGAGACGCGGAGCGUCUUCCCGGGCGCCGACCAGGAGCACCUGCACGGCUUGCUGGGCAGGCUCCCGAACGGCGAGCUGAGGGUGCCUCCCACGCCGCUGCCGCAGGGGGGCCUCUCGCAGGACGAGAAGUCCCUGGCGCAUCUUCGGGGCCAGUGUUACAACGCGAGGGCGAGCGAUGCAACGAGUAUAGAUCGGCACCAGCCCGACAAGCGCUCUUCCAGGUGCAAGGAGCUGCACCAUGAGUACACCACCGCCCCGCUUCCGAGCGCCAGCGUCGUGAUGGUCUUCCAUAACGAGG